GGAUAACUCACAAAUGUGUGUCCAUUAUGAGUUCGUGCUACGAGUACUACAUGCAUGGUUUUCGGUACAGCGGUCAGUUUGAAAUCGACCCUGACGGAGCCAACAAUGGUGUUGGGCCUUUCUUGGUAGAGUGCGACAUGACUACCACGCCACCUGGGAAGACAAUCAUUCAUCACACUAGAGAUAUGGAAGAGUCAAGUCAGAUUUUGGGUCAUGAGGCCUGUGGGAGUUGGAGCGAGACAAUGAACUACUUCAGUGUAGAUAUUUCUACCCAAAUGACACCGUUCGUGGACACCAUUGCCACGUGCUCCCAGUAUGCCAAGUGGAGGUGUCACGGUGCUCAUGCUCUGGGAAAUUGCAACUACGUUACUGACAGAGGUGGUACAAAAAUCCCGUAUUGGGCUGGUGGUAAUAGUGCUAAUUUAUGUGCCUGUGGAGUUGCUGGAAACUGUGUCGACGGCAGAAGUGACUGUAACUGUAAUAAAAACGACAAAGUGUUGAGAGAAGAUGAGGGAUAUUUCACAGACAAGUCCUUGCUCCCAAUUGAAGCUUUCUACAACGGUGACACGGGGCACGCCGGUGAAUAUGGCUAUUAUACCAUUGGGCCAUUGGAAUGUCAACCUGCUUUGCCCUCUUGCACGGAAUGGAAACGGUUUAACAGCACUAGCGGCCUCUAUUGGGUUGACCCAGAUGGCGGUGGAGGUGUGGCCGCUUUCGAGGUGUAUUGUGACAUGUCAACCACACCACCCACUGUGACCUUUCACCAUGAUUAUGAAGACAGGACACACGUGAUGGGCUAUGAUCCGGCUUUGUCCUAUUCGGUAGAUUUGACAUAUAACUUAAAUACAGAUCAAAUAGCGGCCUAUGUAGAUAUCGUCGGUUUCAACUGUACCCAGUACAUCAAAUAUGAAUGCUACGGCUCACAUAUUCAAAGCAGUCCCAAUAUACAUACCGCCUGGUAUGAUCGGCAUGGACAGCAGUCAACAUUCUGGGCCGGCGGGGAUCCAGAUGGCGCCACGGGCAAUUGCGCAUGCGCAAAAGACGGAUCCUGUGCAAACGCCAACAAGCAUUGCAACUGCGACUCAAAUGACUUCGUUUGGCGAUUAGACGAAGGUGACAUCACUCAGUCGGAUUAUCUGCCAGUUACUAUGGUAAAAGUUGGUGACACGGGCGAGUGAGCGGAACAAGGCUAUCAUACAAUAGGACCACUGGUUUGCCAGGGUUAGAAUCUAAUGUGAACUUCUAGAACUCUAAAGCAUAAGCAGUGAUACAGGAAACGUAUUUCGUCACUAGUCUGACGUAACUGAAUGCGUAGCCAGGCCAUUGCCAUUCACGUGACCAAGGUCCAUAGCUGGUAGGCCUACAAGCUGUGUUUGACUAUGUCAUUAAGUCUGCAAAGAAUGAUUCUGUCUUAUCAUCCUGUCUAGAAACCACCAAAAACACAUAUCAUAGAACACAAGGAUUACUAGCUAAGUGUGGUGUUAUGCUUGAAGAGUCAUUGUCAUCUUCCCCGGUCACAAGUGGCUUGGAUUUUUGGUGUUAAAAUCAGUUUGUCUUUAUAUUUAGUAUUUGUUGAUAAUAAUGCUAACAUUGAGUACCCAUUGUCUUCUUAAGUGCCUUUUGAUUUUAACGCCUUCACUAAUUGCAAGCAGUAAAGAAAUUAGAAUCAAAUAAGUAAAAAAGGACCUAACGAGUUAUUAUGUGCAAGUUUAAUUUCUAAGAGUCAACAAGUUUGAGAAUUGUUUUGUGUAAAGAAAGGAUGAAAAAUACCAAAGUCAUAUAUAGUUUUGUUUUAUUGUUUAAUUUCAAUCAAAUUGUAAGUUUCUGCCCCGUGUAUAGCACAUGCCAACUUAGUAUGAUGUAAUUCAAAAAAUAUUCUUGAAUUUCUAAUUGAAAGCAAAGAUUUUUGCAAUUACCUAAAAGAAAAUAUUUAAAGGUGAAUUGACA